AUGACUCACUUGAGGUCGGAAGAGUUAUCCCAUGGGUGGAGGGUUCGAGAAGUGUCGGACACGAACCCAGAAGCGUGGCAUGCCGUUGCCACCGUACCCACGGUGAUACAUCUCGACCUCCUCCAGAACGGGGUGAUUCCUGACCCCUUCGUCGGAUUGAACGAGGAAAAGAUUCAAUGGGUUGCGGAGCGCGACUGGCUCUACCGGACGACCUUUGAGACUCCAUCUGUCGGCCCGCGAACCCGACACAGUUUAGUCUUUGAGGGUCUGGAUACGUUUGCAACGGUCACUUUGAAUGGCGUGGUGAUCCUGCGCAGCGACAAUAUGUUCAUUCCCUAUCGCAUCGAUAUCACAGAUAUACUGACCAAGAGCUCCUCGGAAACCAACACGCUGGAAAUCCUCUUCGAAUCUGCCCUGUUACGCGGUCGCGAGGUGGUCAAAAACCACCCCGAAUAUCGGCACAUCGCUCACCAAACUGAGGUGGGCCGAUUGGGCGCACGCAAAGCUGCGUACCAUUGGGGAUGGGAUUGGGGCCCUAUUUUGGUUACAGCUGGCCCGUGGAGACCCGUCAGACUGGAGUCCUUCGUUGACCGGAUUGACGACCUGUGGAUUGAAAAUACCGUGGCCGACGAUCUCCGAUCCUGCUCAGGAAAGAUUCACGUACGCACAAAGGGUCGCGGAGCAGACCGAGCGCAUAUUGCCUUGUGGCACGAGGGCAGAGUGGCCAUUGAAGCUGAUAUAGAGGUCGACAUGAAUGGAGAGGCAGACGUCUCGUUUGGCAUCGAUGACCCGGCUCUCUGGUUUCCUCAUGGAUACGGGCCACAGAGCCUCUACGAAGUCCGGGCUCAGUUAUUCUCACAGGACGAGCUGCUGCACGUCACCUCGAAACGAACAGGUUUCAGACGGGCAGAGCUGAUACAGGAGAAGGACGAACACGGUCAAUCCUUCUACUUUCGAAUCAACAACAUAGACGUCUUUGCGAGUGGGUCGUGUUGGAUUCCCGGGGACAGCUUUCUUCCUCGAAUAUCGGAUGCUAGAUACCAAAGCUGGCUGCGAUUGAUGGUUGAGGGUAAUCAGAACAUGAUCCGUAUCUGGGGCGGUGGCAUCUUUGAGCCGGGGGUUUUCUAUGAGACCUGCGACGAAUUAGGAAUACUUGUCUGGCAAGACUUCCUCUUUGCCUGCGCAUCGUAUCCAACGUACACGGAUUAUCUCAAGUCGCUUGAAGAAGAGGCGCGAACUAACGUCCGACGUCUUCGACACCAUCCUUCGAUCGUCAUAUACGCUGGGAAUAACGAGGAUUACCAGAUUCAACAAAAGUACAAUCUGAAAUAUGACUACGACGGAGACAAAGACCCUGCUUCUUGGCUGCAGUCGUCAUUCCCAGCUCGCUACAUUUAUGAGUACCUAUUGCCGAAGGUAGUUGAGGAAGAAAAUCCCGGAAUGGCAUACCAUCCCAGCAGCCCGUGGGGCGGUGGUAAGCACACAACUGACCCAACCAUCGGAGAUAUCCAUCAGUGGGAUGUGUGGCAUGGAGCUAUGGAGCCCUACCAAAGACUCAGUUCAAUGGGAGGCCGGUUCAACAGUGAAUUUGGCAUGGAGGCAUUUCCUCACAUACAUACAGUCGAUUCGUUCCUUGAUGAUCCCGAAGACCGCUAUCAUCAGUCAUUGACGAUGGACUUUCACAACAAGGCAUCUGGCCACGAGAGACGACUGGGGACGUACAUAUUGGAGAACUUUAAAGUAAAGCAGGAUUUGGAGCCAUACAUUCAUCUAUCUCAGAUCGCUCAAUCAGAGACCAUGGCCUUCGCCUAUCGCAGCUGGCGGCGGGAAUGGGGCCAAAGCCGGCGGUGUGGAGGAGUGCUCGUCUGGCAGCUCAACGAUUGUUGGCCGACAAUUUCAUGGGCCAUUGUCGAUUACUUCCUUGUUAAGAAGCCGGCAUUUUAUGCCAUCGCACGCGCGUCGCAACCCCUAGCCGUUGGCGUAUGUCGACGCCACAAAGAGUGGACAUCGGGCCAUGCGCGGCCGCCUCGCUCCCUGGAAUUCGACGUAUGGGCUGUGAGCAGCAGGACAGUAAAAGUGAGUGCCGUGGUGGCUGUCCGCUACAUAUCUGUCGAAAAUGGGCACGACCUCCUUCCAGCUUCCGUCCACAACGUGGAGAUCGUUCCGAAUGGGUCCACGGACAUUUUGAGCAACACAGUGGAUCUUACUAGAGACAGUCCGACUGGAGAACAGGAUACACCACCUUUCGUCAUUUUUGCCACCUUGCGUGUGGAUGGUGUUAUUGUGAGUCGAGAUUUUGACUGGCCCCAACCACUGAAAUAUCUCAACUUCAAGGAAAGGGGAGUAAAGGUGGACUUAUUGAAGGACCACAGCGCUGUCAGGGUUGUAGCGUCUAAGCCCACGAAAGGGCUCGUGUUUGAGGAAAGACCUGGAAUUUGGUUUGGGGAUAAUGGAGUUGACCUUGUGCCCGGCGAUGAGCAGAUCAUCCCAGUCAGGGGAAUUGAUGGAGACAAUGAAAUUCCCAGCUGGACCUAUAUCGGGAACUAA